UAGGGUCUUUCAGCCAGAUUGGCCUUAACUGCCAUUUGGACCCCACCUUCCCACAUGCACUUUCUCCCCCUACCCUUUUUCACUCACUAGCUAACCCUUCAAUCUCUUUUUGUUCUCUCUAUUUAUAUCCCCCCUUUAAGAAACAACCCCUUCCCAUUGGAGAGAGCUGUAGAGAACCAAAAUAUUCCUUAGCUUGUUACACUUUUUGAUAUUUGAGAUUCUGUUUGUGAAUUUGAAGAAAUGGAAGUAGCAGUUGAGCUUGAAGAUGACCUGUUUUUUGCAGACAUAAGCAAGCAAAUAUCUCUGCUGAUAAUGGAAGAUGAGGAAGAGCCUGUUUUUGCUACAUGCCCUUCAGUUUCCUUCCAGUUUCAGACAUUUUCUGGGCCACAUUUUCCAGCAAGGCCAUCUCCAUAUGUGCAUCUUCAAGAGCAAAUUUACAGAAGAGAGAUUAGAAGCAGCAAAGGCACAGGAGUGUUUAUCCCAAGGUCUUCGCAGCCAACGGGCCGCAAGCAUCAUUAUAAACCAGGAGGAAGAAACGCGUCCUCAUUCGGCGCGAAAUCUAACGCCGGGCAGCAUCCUAACACUACAAAAACGGUUUCUCAAGCAAGGAAAGGCUAAAGGGUAUAAUUAAACUUGGAUUUCCAUAAAAGAAAUGCAGGCUUAUUAUUGAGGAUUUCAUGUUUAUUGUUAUGAUUCUGAUUUUUAUUUUGAGUAUUGAAGAGGUUUCUCCCUAAGGGUAAUGCCUCCAUAAAUCUUGGAAAUGUAU